GGCCGAAAGUCUAUUUUAUUAUGAUCCCAAUUAAAAAUCAUGGUUCCGCCAACGAAAAACAAUAACGAUCACUAUACAAACAAAUUAUGCAGAAAGCACCCUCAAAGAUUCAUGCUAUGACAAAACAGUCCUUCACUCUCCUUUCCCGCCACCUUCCCUUCACCGUCGGCAACACAACUUACCCCACUAGCACAUCAUGGAACACCCACUUCCGGGAGCUAACCAAACACGGAAACUACCAACAAUCCCUCACUCUCUACCGCCAUAUGCUCCGGUCCGGUUCGACCCCAGACGCCUUCACUUUCCCGGUCCUCCUCAAGUCCUGCGCCCUCCUAUCACUCCCAAUCUCCGGCACCCAGCUCCACUGCCACAUCAUCAAAACUGGGUGUCACUCAGAACCUUUUGUACAAACCGGUUUGAUAUCCCUUUACUCGAAAUGUUGGUUAAUUGAAGAUGCACACCAACUGUUCGACGAAAGUCCUCACUCGCAGAAACUUACAGUUUGUUACAAUGCACUUGUUGCUGGGUAUACCCGGAACGAUAGGUUUGUUACCGGGUUUGAAUUGUUUUGUCGUAUGCGGUUGUUGGGUGUUCGGGUUGAUGCGGUUACCAUGCUUGGUUUGAUUCCGGGUUGUAAUGAUCCCGGACGGUUGAUGUUUGCGGAGUCUUUACACGGGUUUGUGGCGAAAUGUGGGUUGGAUGCUGACUUAUGUGUUGCGAAUUGUUUGCUUACGAUGUAUGUUCGGUGUGGGUCGAAAGAACUUGCGAGAAAGUUCUUUGAUUGGGUACCGGUUAAAGAGUUGGGUACUUGGAAUGCUAUGAUUAACGGGUAUGCGCAAAACGGGUAUGCAACCGAAGCAUUGGAGCUUUAUCGGGAAAUGGAGUCGUUGGGUUUGGAUCCUAACCCGAUAACGCUUGUUGGUGUGCUAUCGUCUUGCGCACACCUCGGUGCGCAAACGAUCGGUGUAGACGUAGAAAAGAAGAUACAAAAUAGUAGCUUCAAACACAAUAUUUUCGUGAAUAAUGCUUUGAUAAACAUGUAUGCUAGAUGCGGUAAUCUAACAAAAGCCCAAGAAAUUUUUGAUAGCAUGGUAGAAAAGAAUCUAGUAUCAUGGACUGCGAUUAUAGGCGGGUAUGGUAUGCACGGCGAUGGUGAAACUGCAGUCCAUCUUUUUAACGAAAUGAUACAGGCCAGCAUUAGGCCCGACGGGCCAGUUUUUGUCAGUGUCUUGUCUGCAUGUAGUCAUGCAGGAUUAACUGAUAUCGGGUUGGGUUAUUUUGAUUCAAUGAAGAUGGAAUACGGGUUAAAACCCGGCCCGGAACAUUACUCGUGUGUUGUGGAUCUUUUGGGCCGGGCGGGUCGGCUUGAUGAUGCUCAAAUGAUUAUUAACAAAAUGCCGAUGGAACCCGAUGGUGCGGUUUGGGGAGCGCUUUUGGGUGCUUGCAAGAUUCAUAAAAACGUUGACUUAGCAGAGUAUGCAUUUGACCGUGUGAUUAAGCUCGAGCCUACUAACAUCGGGUAUUACGUUUUGUUGUCGAAUUUAUACACGGAAGUUAACGAUACGGAAGGUGUUUUACGCGUGCGGGUUAUGAUGAGAGAGAAAAGGCUAAGGAAGGAUCCGGGUUAUAGUUAUGUUGAACAUAAAGGAAGAACUCAUCUAUUUGUAGCUGGUGAUCAUAAUCAUCCACAAACAGAUGAGAUUUACGCGAUGCUGAGUCGACUCGGUGAUUUAAUAGAUGUUAGUAGUGGGGAUAUGGUUCAUAGUGAAAGAUUGGCUAUAGCGUUUGCGCUUUUGAUAACUGAAGUCGGGCAGGAUAUUCUUGUGAUAAAGAAUUUACGGGUUUGUGGAGAUUGUCAUGUGUUUAUAAAGUUGGUUAGUAAAGUUGUAGACAGGCGGUUUAUUAUUAGAGAUCCGACCCGUUUUCACCAUUUCAAAGAUGGUGUUUGUUCAUGUAAAGAUUACUGGUGAUUUAAUUGAUUAUUGUUUUCGUA